AGUCACAGCUCCAGCUUGAAGAUGGCACUGAUGAAGAGAUGCUUUUGUGGAUCCGAAGAAGACUUCAAAGAGCUUCUGAGCUUGAAAAAUGUCCAGCUAUUCUCCUAUCGAGAGAUCAAAGUAGCAACAAACAACUUCGACCAUGGUAACAUGCUAGGCCGAGGUGGCUUUGGAACUGUCUACAAGGGAACUUUUCAAGAUGGUACUGCAUUUGCUGCAAAGGUUCUGUCCGUUGAAUCUGAACAAGGGAUCAAGGAAUUCCUGACUGAAAUCGAGAGCAUUACUGAAGCUAAACAUGCAAACCUUGUCAGUUUGCUGGGCUGCUGUGUUCAGAGGCAAAAAAAGAUACUGAUUUACGAGUACGUCGAGAACAACAGCCUUGAUCACGCUUUGCAAGGCUCAGCUGCUGGAGUAACUGAUCUAAGCUGGAGCACAAGAUCGGACAUCUGUAUGGGCAUUGCCAAGGGACUGAGCUAUCUUCACGAGGAGCACGAGCCAAGCAUUGUGCACAGAGACAUCAAAGCUAGCAACGUUCUCCUCGACAGAAACUACAGCCCCAAAAUCGGAGACUUCGGAGUAGCCAAGCUGUUCCCGGACAAUGUGACGCAUGUUAGCACGCGUGUGGUUGGCACAACCGGUUACUUGGCACCUGAAUAUGUUGUGCACGGACAGCUGACGAAGAAGGCAGACGUCUACAGCUUCGGGGUGCUCGUUCUUGAGAUCAUCAGUGGGAGGAGGAUCUCGCAAACCAUUCGGUCAGACAUGUUCCUCGUGCGGCAGGCGUGGGUGCUACACGAGCAGCGCAGGCUUCUUGACAUGGUGGAUGCGAACAUGAAGGGCGGGUACCCGGAGGAGGAGGCGCUCAAGUUCAUCAAGGUGGCUCUGGCCUGCACGCAGGCGACGCCGUGCAGCCGGCCGACGAUGCAGCAGGUGGUGCGGCUGCUGUCGCGCCCGGUGUGCUUCGACGAGCUGCAGAUGCUCCCUCCGGGCUUCGUCGGUGACGGCGACGGCGACCGUCCGUAG